AUGUCCCCUGAGUUCAAGAACAGUGAUGGCUCGUUGGCCCCACAAUUUUGUAGAGUCAUUUGCAAGAAUGAGUCCAGCAAAUGCAAAUUCAUGUAUACAAUAAACUCAAUUGCAAGUACCAACUGGGUCAUAAAAAACUUUGCUCAUGGCCUGACCUAUCCAUACUGCAACGAGCCCCCUCCCGAGAACUCUAUGAAGAACUCAAAAGACAUCAACACCAAGGAGAUACUGACUUAUACAUUGACUGCCAUACUGAUUGCAUCAAAGAAGGAAGAAGACAUGAAAGACUGGGCAGGAGAUAUGCUACUGUUCUGGCUGAUGCUCUUCUGGCUCCUGGCUCCAACUACAGCAAAGAGGCUGCAAACCAUAUGUGUGUUCAAGGAUUAUAUGAACAUAGAUAAAAGUUACUAUAAGCCUGGUGACCUCAUUAUUGGUGGGAAUUUGCCUUUGGGGAUAAAUUUCAAGACUCCUGUUCCAGAGUUUAAUACAAUGAGGCUUCGUUUAGAGAGUCUGUUCAUCCUCAUUAACUACCAGCAGUUCCUUGCCUUGAUGUUUGCUGUCUCCCAGGUCAAUAAGGAUUUUCUUCUGCUCCCCAACAUCACACUUGGCUUCCACAUCUAUGGCCAUUACGAGAGGGAGAUUAAUAUUUCCUUAGACAGCCUCUCCAUGCUCUCCUCACGAACAGAAAUGGUUCCAGGUUACAAAUGUGACCACCCGGACACUCUGCUGUCUGUCAUUGGUGGUCUCAGUGCCAAGUCCUCAAGGCUGAUGGCCUCCAUCUUCAGCAUCUUUAAGAUCCCACAGGGAGAGAGAAGAGUUUAUACUUCAUUCUUCCGGAUUAAUCCCAAGGAAUCUCCUCAGUAUGUGGGUCUAGUCCAGCUGCUCCUGUAUUUCCAGUGGAACUGGGUUGGGCUUGUGGUCCCUAAAGAUGACAGGGGAGAACGUUUCGUCUCAACUCUGACACCAAUGCUCCAGGAGAAGGAGAUCUGCCUGGCCUUCACCCUGAUGCUGGAAUUGGAUGAUGUUGACAAACGUCUGGAAAAGUUUGUUCUCAAUUUCCUUCCCUGCUUUAAAACAGAAGUGUUUAUUCUCCUUGCAGAUUCAACUGUUACUAGCACUUUAAUAGUGGCACUACAGGCUUUUGAAAAAUACAAAAAAGUAUCAUUUAGGAAAGUUUACAUCUCCACUUCCCAUUGGAAACUUGGUAUACAAGAAGCUGAAGGAAUAUUGAAAUACAUAAAGUAUUUCCAUGGGGUCUUGCAUUUUUGGGACCACUCCGAGGAUGUCUCAGAAUUCAUACACUUCCUCCUUUCUUUAGACCCCUUGAACCCCCAAGGAGAUGUUUUUCUCCCUCUGUGGUGGGAAAAAGUCUUUGGCUGCAAGAUCCAUAAAUCAGGAAAGAUCCCUCCAAAGGCUGAAAAACAAUGCACAGGAAAGGAGAAUGUGCAAAAUCUGCCCAAUUACAGUUUUGAAACAAGAAUGACAGGUGAAAGCUACAACAUCUACAAUGCUGUUUAUGCUCUGACACACGCUUUACAUACAAUGUAUGGAUCCAGAGCCUGGCUGACCUUGAUGAGGCUUGGAAGGAGGAUCUCAAAUGUCCAGUCAUGGCAGCGGCAACGGAGAAUUCGAUUGCUCCGAGCUGCCAGCUCGAGAAGACGCCGAGCUCUGAAAGACGCUGAGCUCCGGGAAGCGCUGAAGGAUAUCGUCACCGCUGUGCCGCCGAACGCCGAACGCCGCCUAACAUCGCAGCUCGAAUGCAAGAACUGUGAGGACGGCGAGGAUCGAGUUAAACAAAGAGAGCCAAUUCUUCCAUAUUUGAGCAAUGUGCAGUUCAACAAUAGUGUUGGAGAUGAAGUCUCCUUCUCACAAGAUGGACUGGGAUCUGCUCGUUAUGAUCUUCUCAACUGGGUUCUCUUCCCCAAUCGAUCUUUUGUCCCCAUGAAAGUUGGACAAGUAAAUCCUGAGGCUCCCCCAGGCCAAGAUUUCACCAUUGACUCUGAUGGAAUCAUCUGGGCCCCAAAGUUGCUCAAGAAAUCCUUAGACACUUUUUUUCCAGAUGCGGCUCAAUGUGAACCCUGCCCAGAAAUCCAAUAUCCCAACAAGGACAAGGACUACUGCAUUGCCAAGAAGAUCCACUUCCUUGCCUAUCAAGACACACUGGGAUACAUUUUAGUUAUUCUUGCUGUCUUUUUCUCUGUGAUCACUUCUGUAGUCCUGGUGAUUUUCUAUAAACAUCAUGACACACCGAUUGUCAAGGCCAACAACAGAGAUCUCACCUACCUCCUCCUGCUCUCCCUCUUGCUCUGCUUCCUUUGUUCCUUUCUUUUCAUUGGUCAACCUGGGAAGGUCACUUGUCUCUUCCGACAAACUGCCUCCGCCAUUCUCUUUUCUCUUGCAGUUUCCUCUGUGUUGGCAAAAACUGUCAUGGUGGUUCUGGCCUUCAUGGCUACCAAGCCAGGGAACAAGGCAAGGAAACUCUUGGGAAAACCCCUGACCAACUCCAUUGUCAUAGCUUGCCCCCUGAUCCAAGCAAUUCUUUGUGCCACCUGGCUGGGAACCUCUCCUCCAUUUCCCAACCUGGACUUCCACUCCUUAUUUGGAGAGACGAUUUUGGAAUGCAAGGAAGGCUCAGCUUUAAUGUUCUACAUUGUCCUUGCCUACCUAGGUUUUUUGGCCCUUGUCAGUUUCACGUUGGCAUUUUUAGCUAGGAAAUUGCCUGAUAGUUUUAAUGAAGCCAAGUUCAUUACUUUUAGCAUGCUGGUCUUUUGCAGUGUUUGGAUAACUUUCCUCCCCACCUACCUGAGCACCAAAGGGAAGUCCAUGGUGGCCGUGGAGAUCUUCUCCAUUUUGGCCUCUGGAGCUGCUCUCUUGGCUUGUAUCUUUUCCCCCAAAUGCUACAUUAUUCUACUGAGGCCGGAUCUGAAUUGUAGAGAAAAUAUAGUAAGGAACAGGAAUUUCUAA